CCCGGGGGCCGUUUGAUUUGGCCGCAGGGAAGCGUGGAGGAGCGGAGCGGCCCGUGUUCCCCCGAGGCUUUCCCCCGCGAGGAGCCGCCCUGGGCAGACUAGUCCGGAGUUCGUGCCAGGCUGGGAACCAGCUUCGCUCCUGCAGUUCCGCCGUCCCCCAUCUCAGGCGUUGGCUGGGCCCUGGCUGCGUUUGCCUGAGCACUGCCAAGAUUUUGGGCAGCAGUGUUGCUGGUGUGAGCAAGGCCUUGGGAAGCUGUGGCAUAGGCAGCCCCUUGGCCUGUGUGAGAGCGCCGGCUACAUUGGAACUCCUCUUCAUUGCCUUUUGAAGGAGGAAAUGGUGGACUCAUUUUGAGCAGGUCCAAAGAGAGAGGCAACUUUCAGGCUGUGAUAGGUGUACAGUUGGUGAUUACUAUGGUGAUGGCUAGUGUCAUACAGAAGAUCAUACCUCACUAUUCUCUUGCUCGUUGGCUUCUCUGUAGUGGCAGUUUACGAUGGUAUCAACAUCCUACUGAAGAAGAACUACGAAUUCUUGCAGGGAAACAAAAAGGGAAAAGCAAAAAAGACAGGAAAUACAAUGGUCACAUUGAAAACAAGCCCCUAACCAUUCCAAAGGAUAUUGAUCUUCAUCUGGAAACAAAAUCUGUUACAGAAGUGGACACUUUAGCAUUGCAUUAUUUUCCUGAAUAUCAGUGGUUGGUGGAUUUCACAGUUGCAGCCACGGUGGUAUAUCUGGUAACUGAAGCCUAUUACAGUUUGAUGAAGCCUUCACAGGAAAUGAAUAUCAGUAUAGUCUGGUGUCUGCUUGUAUUGGCUUUUGCAGUCAAGAUACUGUUCUCAUUGACUACUCACUAUUUCAAAGUGGAGGAUGGAGGUGAAAGAUCAGUCUGUGUCACCUUUGGCUUCUUUUUCUUUGUUAAAGCUAUGGCAAUCCUUAUUGUAACAGAAAAUUACCUGGAGUUUGGACUUGAGACAGGGUUUUCAAAUUUUUCAGAAAGUGCUAUGCAGUUUCUUGAAAAGCAAGGUUUGGAAUCCCAGGGUCCUGUGUCUAAACUAACCUUCAAAUUGUUCCUGGCUGUUCUGUGUUCACUUAUUGGUGCUUUUUUGACAUUCCCUGGCUUGCGCCUGGCUCAAAUGCAUCUGGAUGCUCUGAAUUUAGCAUCAGAAAAAAUAACACAAACGUUACUACAUAUAAACUUCCUGGCACCUUUACUUAUGGUCCUCCUAUGGGUAAAGCCAAUCACCAAGGACUAUAUUAUGACCCCACCUCUGGGAAAAGAGAGUGUGCCUUUAAUGUCAGAAGCUACAUUUGAUACUCUACGGCUGUGGAUUAUAAUCCUAUUGUGUGCUUUACGAAUGGCCAUGAUGCGCAAUCAUCUGCAAGCCUACCUUAAUUUAGCGCAGAAGUGUGUGGAUCAGAUGAAAAAAGAGGCUGGCAGAAUAAGUACAGUUGAUCUGCAGAAAAUGGUGGCCCGAGUGUUUUAUUACCUCUGUGUAAUUGCAUUGCAGUAUGUGGCACCUCUGGUAAUGCUGCUACACACAACUCUGCUGUUGAAAACCCUAGGUAAUUACUCCUGGGGCAUCUAUCCAGAAUCUAGCUCUGACUCUCCAAUGGAGAACAAUCUACUCCCCAAUUCAGUUUAUUUUGAGUCUCCAUCUGCUGAUGAGAAGAUGAAGGUAACUGUAAUACAACUAACCAUGGCGUUGGGCAGCUUAAAGAACAUUUUCACUCCUCUCCUGUUCCGAGGACUCCUAUCUUUUCUGACGUGGUGGAUUGCUGCUUGCCUUUUCUCCACAAGCCUUUUUGGGCUUUUCUAUCACCAGUACCUGACUGUGGCAUGAACUAUUUGGCCAAAAAAGCAAAUAGGAGGUUCAAACCCAUGUACCCAAAGGGGGAUGAAAGAAAAUGGAAGAAGGUGUGACAAAACAUAUCAGAAUUUAUUCUUAAAUGCUUCCUCUGCAUUCUCAGGGUGAAUACUGUGAUUAGUGUUUAAAAUCACGUGGGUUUGUGACUUGUGGUAUCCAAAUGGUAGGUAAUGAAGUGCUAAGUUGUGGUAUUGGAACUAUGUCUAACAUUCUUUUGUGGGGCAAUAUUGGAGGUCUAGUUAAAAAGGUAAUGCUUGUGAGUACCUUGGUUUCCAUUAACACCAAGCCACCCUCAAAACUUUGAUUAUUAGUUUAGUCAUUGUCUGUUGACUCUUAAGGUACUGGCAAUGCUAAUAGUGGCUGUCUGCUAAACAAUCUUGAAACUGAGCCAUACAAUGGAGGAAGAGAAAAUAACUUCUGUUGGAAAUGUAUUGAUCACUUUUCUGGGUGAACAAUGAAAUAAUUCAACAGGACAAAAGAACUACUGUAUAUUACAGUAAAAGAAGCUGUAUAAUAUUUAGUAUAGGAACAAAUGCGUGGACUUGGCAAGUGUUGCUAAACAAAUGCAGGAAUGCUCACGCAGUAAGAGGGGUAUUAUAAAAAUAUAUAUAGUUUCAAUCCCUGCAGUCAUUUUUAAGUAAUGAAUGGCCAUAUGAAUCCUUGCAACUACAGUAUUGGUGCUAAUAUUGAUCCACAAAUUCCAUUUGGGUUUUUUAAAAUUCAUGUUUUCCAGUUAGUGGAUAAAUUCCAUUGAAUUCACAAAAUGAUUUGAGUAGAUUAUCAACACUGAUCAAACUGUUUAAAAGAAACAGUAUAGUCCUGCUGACUGGGUUGGUGGGGAGUGUGUGUGUGUGUGUGUGUGUGUGUGUAUAUAUAUAUAUAUUAUAUAUUAGAUAUAUAAUAUAUAUGAAAUCAGUUAAAAGAAAUAUUAAAUCUUUAAUAUUUUAAAUUACUGAAUGUAUGUUACAGGACAGUGGAACAGGGAAGUGUAUGUAUCUAGUAGUUUUAAGAUUACUUUCGAAAUGAAAAAUUAAAUUCCUUUUGAAAGUUCAGCUGAAAGGGCUAUUCAUUUUUUGGUGCCUCUUCAAAAGGUAUUUUACCUACAUUAAAGAACCUUUAUUAUUUUGGGGGACGAGGUCUACUGAAAUUGCUAAUGCUAUCUAUCAUUCCUGCUCUGUAUGAUUAUUUUUGUUAGGUUUUACAUGAGUUAGCCUGGCAGCAUAGAAAUCUCAAACAUCUUUUGGUUCUGUGUAUAGAUUUUUUUUUGUGUGCUAGUUUUAAAAUUGAUACAGUAAGAAGCAGGAUGUGUUGUUUUGACAAGUCUUCUUUAAUUAGAAUUACACAUCCUGAGGAUGAAAAUUUUGGCUAACAAGCAACUGUAACUUGAAAUGGGAAGACAGAGUUGCUGCUUGGGAGUGCUUAUAAGCUGUCAUAGUGUAGCUGUUACCUCUGUUCCUGAAGCGAUGCAAGUAAAAUAAAUCUCUGAGUUUUCAAUUGUCUGGUGUAAUCAGAAACCUAAGAGCAGGUAUUUACAUGGUGUGCAGUAGCAACCAUUUUAAUUUUACAUAAUCUCACAAGGCAGAAAGACUUUUCAUAGUUUAAGGAGAUGUACGUAGAAAGAGAACACUUUUAGGUCUCUUGAAUUUGUGAAAAGCUUUGCAUAUAGUAAUCUUUUAGGCAUGGAAGAAACUGUUAAAUAUUUAAAAUGGAAGUUGUAUAUAGUAUAGGAAAACCAAUUGUCAAAGAAUAUAGAUAAUUUAAGGUAAUUAUCAUCACCCUUCUCUAAUGAAUACUUUUGAAAUUAUUAAAAAGAUAUUCAUUGCCAUUAAUUAAACUGCAUUUCCUCUUAUUGGAACAAAGUUUAUAAACUGCUUCUCACCUGCACACCCAUACAUCCAUUGAUUAUCCUGAAAUUACUCAGAUGAUCCUGUCAGUUCCCUUGAUUUUCCUAUUUGUAGUUAAGUGCUGAAAGCUUCAUUUUUACCCGGACUUUUAAUAACCAUGGUCUCAGCUAUCUGAAGGGCCUAAAGAAUAUCUGACUUCAUAGAUUCAAAUCUUAUGAAAUACAGGUUCAAAUGAACAGAACGUGACUGGUAGGUCUAGUAGCACUGCAGUCACAGUUCCAGAGUGUUUGUGGUACACGAUUAGCAAUGGAAUGAUAAAAUUAACCUUUGAGUGGUCAUGAUAAAUUUUCCAGGGUUAAAACUAUUUGGGCAGGAGAGAGAGGGAAUCUCUUAAUGCUCUUUCAUUCUUGCUGCAAACUCAGUGGCAAACCAUGUUAGAUUAUAACACUUAUUACAAUCUGAGGUGUAGCAAUAAAGCACACAUAUUGAAGGAUCUUUCAAAAUCCAUGGGAAAACAGAAUUUCCAUCCCUAUAGAUUUGUUGCUGCCCACAACUGAAGAUUAACUACAACUAAAUAAGACUUUGUUUAGCAAAAAGGUAAUUAAGAUGGGCUUCAUGAUAAUCGCUGUUACAAUAAUACUGACCAGAGUGGUGAUGACACAUCUGAAGAACCAUGACGGUGAUAAAUUGAGAAGUGGUCUGCACCCUAAUUACUGAUUGCAGCCAUUGUCUCCUUAUUGUUACACGGAUUGUAAGGUUUUACGACUGGUCACACUUGGCUCUGUGUGGAAAAUAACGUCUCUUCACUGACUUUAUUCACUCUGUGAAGUCAGGGGGAUGUCCUGUACAAAAUGUAGGUAAAUCAUAAACUUUUUUGGCCUGAGGGGAAAAAAAAAGAUUUUUCGGUGCUUUUGAGCAAAACUUAUAUAGGUAACAUCCUAUACUGCCCAUGAACCUCUUACAGCUGAACAGCUCCCUGGGUGAAAUGUAAAAUCGCUUCUGCUUUAUCUUUGUAUGGUUGUCUGCCAUGCCUGAAAGUGACUGGAAAAGGAAAACACCAGUCUGCUUUAAAAAAAAAAAAACAGUGUGUGUCUAUAGUACAUGUCCAGGAGGUUUUAGGAGUGUGUGUCUGAAGAUGUUUUCACAAUAGUAGAGGAGAGAGCCAGGUAGCUUAUUUUUCUAUAUUUAAAUUUUUUUGUAUCUCUUCCCCUCUUCCCUCUCUACCCUCAAAGUAUACUGUGGCUAACUGGAAAGAGAGACAUGAAGUAAAUGAAUCCUGAUUGAGAGGGAAAGGAUUGUUCAGAGUAGCUGAAAUGUGUGGUUUUUAUGAAUAUUGAGAUAAUUCCUGAGUAUUACUUGGGUGAAAAGAUACCUUUUGUGUAAAGAUUCACCAUUCCUGUCCAUUCAGUUGACAGGCGUGGCUUGUUAGCCUGCAGAGCUGUCUAGAAAAGAAUUCCCAGUGAUUUUACUAAAAGUGUGAUUUAAAACAGAUUUAGGUAAAUUAGUGCAAGUUUGUGUUUUGCUGUUCUAAUUCUAUUUGAGUGGCUUAUUUUGGUUUAGCUUAAUCUGCUUUUAUAGGAUUAAGCUAAACUCAGAUAAGACAAGCUAAACACAAACUUGCAUUGAUUUAACUAAAUUGGUUUAAAAUCACACCAUUAGUUAACAUGAGAGUUUGUAUGGACAUGGAUGAGGCUUCGAGACUGGAGCAUCCUCCAGUUAAGGGGAAAAAAAUGGACAAGAAAAAAAAACCAUACUAGGGAAGACCACAUAUAACUUCUGACAUUUCUAAUCCUAAAAAGAGGUACAUAUAUAUGGCAUAAGGGAGAAAUCACAUACUUAUGCAUCUCUUGUCCUCCCUCCCCCCAGCAUUGAAGGGCACCUUUUAAUGCCUUUCAGGUAUGCUUUCAUGAUACUGAAAAAAUAUUUAUUUUAAAGGGUUUGCACAAAUUCUAUAUCUCUUCCUGGCCUGUUUUAAAUAAGAAUUAGAGGUACUUAGGCAUCUAAAUCUGAAGUUAGGACAGCACAUAAAAGACUAACUUGUCCAAAAAGGCAUAUAGUUUUGUAAGUUAUAGCCUUUUCUGUCCAAUGCUCUGAAAUGAGAUCAUAGUUGAACCAGUUAGUCUUGCAGAAUUAACAGAUACAGUAAAGAAAAAAGACAUGGCACUGGUGAGAGAAUGGAACAGCUUUAUGCAGAAGGAAGGGCUUCAGAAGAAAAAUUUCUAAGCUCAUUUUUGUAUAGUAUCUAUUGUCUAGUGAAAGGAUCUAGAACUUGUGAAGAGGAAAGCACUUCUGCCCUAAUUAGGAAGUCAAACUUACCUGCGAGUAUAUGCUAUGCCAUCUAGGUCCAUGAGCCACUAUGGUUUUAAGCAGCUGACAGAACUUGACUGUAUGAGAUGAAUUAGAUAAGAUUUCUAUAUUCAGUAACCCGUAUAAACAGCUGAAUGUCUUUAUCAGUCACAAUUAGCACAGAGUAUUCCACUGCUAAUUGAGGCCUUUAAUAUUUUUUAAACGUAAAUUUAUGUUACUGUGAAAGUUAAUUUUAUGCUCAUAGCACUUACUGAUGUCAUCAUAUUGAAUCCUUUACUGUUUUCAUUUUCAAACUAAGACCAAGUGGAAUUUUUCACUUUUUAAACAUUUGUCUUGCUUUCCAUAGAAGAAUUUGGCAGGAUUUGAAAUGCCAUUCUUCAGUUUCUUCAAUUUAAACAUAUGUGAACACACAAGUUAUCUAAAGGGUCAACUAAAUAAAACCCCAGCUUUACCACUGUGCUAAAGACAAUUGCCAGUGAUUUUAGUGGCCUUGUACGGGAAAAAAAACAUUUUAUUCAAGACUAGAACAAAGUGCACAGUAAAAAUGAAAAUCUUGAAUGAUAUAGCUGAAGUUGGAAUGAAAUUUUAGCAGAAGAAAGGAACAGAGCAGGACACUCCUUCUAAAUCAAAUCUUCAUGACUAUGAAUGUUUACUAUAAUGAAUAGGUAUGACCUGCAUCUGUAGACUAUGAUUUCUAAAUCCCCCAAACGAUAAAUUAAGGGGGAAAUCAUAGAAUCAGAGAGAAGUAGGGCUGGAAGGAACCUCCAGAGGUCAUCUAGUCCAACAACUUGUCUGCAGCAGGAUCAUCCCUAUCCAAACCAGCCUAUACAAUCCAUAAUCUAAACUCUACAUAAGACUCCCAUCAAGCCUGACACAACACAGACAUAACACUCUAUCCUUCCACACGUAAAGCAGGGAAACCAUGGCAGCCAAUGUCUUGCUUCUAUAAAAGGUUGUUAAUAUAUGCUCAAGAGAUCCCAGGCAGACAUGAACGUGCAUAGCUCCUUCAGCCUCUUCUCCUAUGACUUGCUGGCCAAGCCCUUUAUUAUUUUUCUUGCCUGCCUCUGUACCCUCUUUAAAUGGUGGAACCCAGAACUGCAUGCAAUACCCUCGCUUUCUUCGGAGAGGGUAUAGGCAACAGAAGUUGCAGCCAAAAAUCAGAUAAAAGAGCUCUCCUUUUGCCCACGAAGGGCCAUAGUGGCUGUCCAUACUGCAGUGCAAUGCAACAUGCAUGCUGCUGCUUCUUUGAAAAGGAGAGGCAUGCUUCCUGCUUUGGCAACAUAUGUGCUGGAGUUUGUGGGAGCCUGUGGUGUACUAGGUCCUCCUCUGAAUGCUAGUUUAGAAUUCCAUCCUUCUGGCUGGGCUGGGAAAAGUUUCACUAGGUCAAAAGUAGGCAACCCCUGGCACACGUGCCAGUGUGUGACACACAGGCAUUUUGCUUGGCAUGUGCACAUCGCAGUGGACGGCAGGGGAACUGCGAGGGGCCUAAUCCUUGUUGCGUCAGUGCAGCCCCAGCCCUUCCCCACUGUCCACCUUGAGGUGUGUGUACACCUGCUCUCAGAGACGAGCUGGGACUCUGCAAACUCUGGUACAGCUGCUUGCAGCCUACCUACCUCCUGCUGCAGGCGGAAGGGGCCUUCCUAGACCCCGGGCUGGCUGUGGCAGGUAGCUGGGAGGCUGCAAGCGGUUGCACUGGGGUCUGUGGAGCCCCAGUCCGGCUCAUUGUUGGCAGCAGGUACAUGCGUGCGUCAGGGUGGAUGGUGGGGAAGGAGCCAGGGCUGCACUCCCACAACAAGGAUUUGGCCCCUCAUGGCUUUCCUGCUGUCUGCCCCUGGCUUGCAGACAUCUUAUACAUCGAGGUUGCAGGUGUUCUUGGCACUCUGCCCAAAAAUGUUGCUGACCCCUGCACUAGUUUGUUUUUGCAUGCUGGUAGACCCUUACAGCACAGGUGAAGAUGUUGCUGGAUGUUGCUUUUACAGCAUCAUGUGUGCUGUAUUUAACUCUUUUUACAAUAAAGUUUUUUUUUUAAUUGCAUUUUUUUCAUAAAAUAUAUAAAUGUUAAGACUACAUCCUAAGACCCAGAUAAAGUUAAACCACAAUCCUUUUUGAAAUCUCCCAUUGUUUGCUCUUAGGAGAGUAAGGGUAUACUGGUCACUGUUUUAAGGGCCAGUAUUUCAUAGAUUUCAUACAAUAUAUGUAUUCUUAUAACUUUGUUGUAAAUCGAAGUGUUUUUGAUGCAAAUUAUAUAAUUUAUUUUUAAUCUUGAUACCAUGAAACAUUAUUUAAUUUAAUGAAUGUCAGUGCCUCCAAUUAUAUAUCAAAUAUAUUUAUACAUUCUAAUUUUUUUUAAACUUGAAGUCCAUAUUGAUGAACUUCUAACGAUUAUGCAAUUUUAUAUUUAAGAAAAGCUUGAUAGUUGUAAAUACGAGACAGUUCUUCGGAGUCCAACUCCAACAUAGGGGAGUAUGAGGAAGUUAUCUGCAGUAUCUCAACAGAACACUACAUUUGUGACUUUGUUAGUUACAUAUGUUUUCAGACUUCUUACUAGUUACCCAAAAAUGGUUAUUUUUUAAUGAUACCAUUGCUGUAUAUUUGUAACCUGACUACAACAUGUUGUGCUUAUAGAUUGGGCUUGGCCCUCAUUUCCUAUGUUCUUUUGUUUGUUACAUUGAAGUCUUACAUUUUUCAAAGUGUGUGGGUAUUCACACAAUUUUGAUAAACUAGACAAAAGGGCACCAAAGAUCCCAUUUUAACAAUCUUGUAUAUGCAAUUAUGAUGUGCCAACAAAUAGUUUACUUCUCCUGUCCGAUUUUCCUAUAAAAAUCAGGCCUUUUCUCACUGUUAACUAUCUUAUAUAACUUUUGUAGAUAAUUUUUUCCAAGAAAAAAAUACAAGUGGGAAAACAAUCUAUAGUUUCAGUGGUAGAAAAUUUUUUUUUGUUUAUUAAGCAAACAUAAAUUUACAAAUCCUAUUAAACUGUUUAUGCUGAGAAAAUCACUUAAGCAUGAAUUAUUAAACUGUAUAGGAGUUAAUUCUCCAUAUUGAAAAUGUUUUUGAAACAAAAAAAAAAACACCGUUCUUUACUUAUUGGAGGCUAAACUAUGUAAAGUGUUAAUUCUUUAAGGUUUGUUGCUAUUGAGGCAGUUUGCAAAGGGUGUAUAAAUGUAUAGCAAUAGCUUUCAACCUUUUUUCAUUUGCAGCCCCCUAAAAAAUUUUGAAUGGAGAUGCAGACCCCAUUUUAAGUGUGGGUAUUCACUAGACCUGUGCAAAGCAGCUAGUAUUCGCUUUGGAUUUGGAUUUGGUUGAUUCGGGGAACAGUGAUUUGAUUCGGUGAUUCGAAUCACUAUCCCGAAUCGAUUCAGCCAAAUCAGACAGGCCUGUCCCCCCCAGCCUGGCAAUGGCUGCCCUGCCCAGCAUCAGCUCCCAGCACUUGUUUAAAAAAAAAAAAAAGCCCCAACUCAGCAGGUGCUGCUGGGCAGGGGGGCAAUCCCCACUACCCCACACUGCAUGGAGGGCUCUGCAUGAGCCCCCCAAUCACCCCUACCAUGGCUGCCCUGCCCGCCACGGCUCCGGCUCUUUAAGGAAAAAAAAACCUGAUAAAACCUGUAGACUCACCGUUCCUGCCCGGGAGGGUGAUCCCUGCUGCCCCAUGCCACAUGGGAGGCUCUGCACGAGCCCCCCCGAGAACGCUGCAGGAGUGGUGAGUCCAGGGGUUUUCUUGGGUUUUUUUCUUUUUCAAAGAGCUGGAGCUGCGUUGUGCAGGGCAGCUGUGGGGAGGCUAAGGGAGCAAAGGGAGGGUUGAGGGGCUCAUGCAACCCCACCCUAUGCAGCGUGGGGCAGUGGGGGGCAGCAGAGAUCACCCCCCGCCCGGCAGCACCUGGUGAGAACCAGGGCUUUUCUUUAAAAGGCCGAGAGCCGAGGCAGGUGGGGGGCACCCAUGGGGGGGCAGAGGGAGUGGGCAGGGGCUGGAGGAGAGGGCAGGGGCUGGAGGCUGGCAGGGGUCCCCCUAAGGUCCCCUCCCCCAGUCCCCUCUCCACUGUCCCUAGUACUUACCAACUCAGAGUUGGCUGCAGUUCCCUGCUGCAGCCAGUGGGGACUGCCUGAAUCAUUAAAGCUCUCCGAAUCUUUUCCGAAGAUUCGGAGAUCAUUGAAUCGAUUUGGACUUUUUAAUUGGUCCCCUGAUUCAAUUCAGAUUUGGAGAUUUGGCCACCGAAUCAGGCCGAAUCUCCUCUGAAUCGAACCACCACCCAAAGCUUCGCACAGCCCUAGUAGUCACAAACUUUUGAUCAUAAUCAUCUUUUGCAGACCCCUUAGAUAUAGUACCCCAGGUUGAAAACCAUUGAUAUACAGAAUUCCUAGAAUCGUGCUGAUAUUGACAGUAAUGAAGCUUAUAGUAAAAACAGAAAUACAUAGUGCUAGCAAUAGUUUUAAAAUAUGUCUUUGCCAAAUGAAAAAUGCCAAACCUUAUGAGAAAUUUUCAGUCUUGGCUACGUAGAGGGAGGGAGGGAGCGUGUUAAUGAUUUGCAUUUUCAGCUUUACCAGUGUUAGCAAAGCGGAGGAUCCCCAUUUUGAGAGUCAGCAUCUCCGCCAUUUUAGACAAUUAUGUCAAUUAGAUUUGCUCUGAGCAAAGGUGCUUGAAAGAGCAUGCUUUCUUAAUUGUACUGCCAAGGCCUCUCAAAAGCUGGAAAUACCAGUAGAGUCAAAUUUGUGUCAGUAAAAUAUUUUCAUUUUUAUGUAAUAAAAAAUUAAAAUAGUUUUAUUAAACUUCCAUAUGUAGUUUGCAGCCUAAGCAAAGAUUAACUUAUCCCCUUUCUGUUUGUGCAUGUAUAUUCUUGCAUAAAUACGGACCUUCUAGAAUAUUCUGAUCUUUUGAAACAGGCCUUAUUCUAAAUGUGUGCACGUGCCUUUGUUAACUACACACAGAAGACCAUGAUUUCAUGAGAAUUUUUAUUUUUAACUUUAUCAAUCUAUAACAGAGUAAAUUUUAUCUAUAUGUAAAAUAUAUAUACACACAAAAAUAAUGCUUGUGGCAAACAGGAUCUUGUCUAAAUAUGUUUACUUGCUAGUGCACGUCUUUUGCUUUAAAAAUAAGAUAUUGCAAUAUUCCUUACCCUUCCCUUGACCAUUCUUUUAAAUUAAUAUCUUAGUUCCUCUAACAAUGUCAGCCUUUAAAAGAAUUACAAUACUGUAAAUACCUACUGCAGUGAAAGGCUGGCUCAGACUUGUAGCAGCUUCCCUGACAGUGUUGCUGUGUAGGCCCCAGUUCUGCAAACAUGGAUAUGUGUACCUUUAAACUGAUAAGUAGUCUCCUUGGGUUUAAGGAGACUAUGCGUGUGCUUACAUUUUACCAUGUCAGUAAAUUUUUGCUGGUUUUGGGGCACUAGGUACAAAUAGAAGGGUAAGCAAGAUGGUUAUAUGGAGUUAAAACAGUGAAUCCAAAACAGGAGGCAAAUGUUAACUGUUGUACAGUUUUAAAUUUGAUAGUAUUUUUGACAGCAGCCUCAAACUGUAGAAUGCUAGUAAGGGAAAAGGCUGCUCUCUUAACUUUUGAUUAGCUUUUAUUUUAUUAAGAAUUAUUAUACUCUUAAUUUAAAGAUUUUUCGAAAAGUCAAACAUGAUUGGUCUUACUCAGCAGAAAAAUAUUAGUGAUGAAAUAAACAUUAGAUGCCUAGUGUUGAGUUAAUUAUUCUGCAUGUUAAAUGUAAAGUGCUUGUAAAUUGAGCUAUUUGCAUUAAAUUAAGUCUGUACCAAAGGAAGCACUCCUCAAAGGAAGCCUUAUAAUGUGUUGAGCUUUUAGCUCUAAAAAGUGGCUUUAGCAGUUAGUGUAAUAAUAUUUUAAUGUAUAUAAUGCACAGUUUGGGAAAACUUGCUCCAGUAAGCUACUACGUGUAUUUUUUACACCAUGUGUAAGAAAGCGUGUUGCUUACUGUUUUUACUUGGAGAAUUAAAGAACAUUUUUCUGUCUUGUGUAAGUAUUUGCGUGUCUGAAGCAGCAUUUGACUAAUGUUGAUUUAAAAAACAAAUAGGUUGCUGUAAUAUCUUAAAACAGUUUUUGAUGGCAAUUUUAUUAAAAAUUAUAUGGGAUAGGAACAUGAUGCUUUUCGAAUUCCCCAACCAUUGUUCUGUGGAAACUUUAUAAUUUACCUUUGGUUUUAAUUAUGCACAAUAAAGCACAAAUUUACCAAAAUGGAAUUUGUUUUCUAGCUAAGUAGUGAUGGUGCUGCCAAAGUUACGUCCAUAGAUUAUACCAGAGUAAGCUGUAUGUAAAACAGUUUGACAAUCUACUUGCCUUUAUAAAAUAUCAGUUCAAAUGGGGGAUUUAAUAUUUGAAGUGAUAUUGCUGUUUUAAGGUUUGCUUAAUGUAAUAGGAGUUCCUUAGUGUUCUGCUCUGUAAUCAGCAUAUAUUUUGGCUUUGUAGUCAUUUAAACUGUUUAUGCUACUUGCACUAAGUUGCUAUUAUAGCUUCCAUUAUUUUAGUCAAUACUGCCCAGAUCAGAAAUAAGUCAAUUUUUUAAACCAAAGAUCAAUAAAUGUUUGUUUUUUUUCAAAUAUUACGUUGAUACAUUUUAUAAAACUGAUUAAAAUGAAUGGUACAUGAGAUGCUAGUUUUGUAGAACUUUGCAUUUCCACAAGAUUAAUUUUUUAAUUGUUCCUAAUACUCCAUUGCUUUAGUCUUUAAUAUGUUUUAAAAAACCCUUUUAAACCAUAUUUUAGAGCCUUAAUUUUGUCAUUUAAACAGCUAGUUGUAUAAAAUGCUUGGUUCAGCCGAGAUAUCCUAAGAAUUCAAUCUCUCUCUAAUCCACAUGCUUCAUUCUGCAGUUGCACGAACUGGCUCUUCAAGAUUUUUCUUUUUCUCUUCUGAUUCUUAUACUGUACUCAUCACAGCAUCUGAAUAUCUGAAAGAGAACUAACUGAGUUGAAAUGCCCUAUCAAAAAAAAAAAAAAAAAAAAAGUGAGUUAUCUCAGGAUCUUCCACAAGAAGAAGGGAAAAUAAAGAAGCAUUACACCUACACCUUGCAGGGCCUCAAGCGAUUUUCUAUUAAUUUGAGAUGCCAAAAAUUCCAUCACUGUACCUGACUUCUAAAACUUUCAGAUUGCUUUUUUGAUUACUCUUGUAUUAUACCUUUUUGUAUGCAUUGUAAAUCUAGGGGUCACUGAAAAUAAAAAUGGGGGCAGUUAUAUUCAUUUUA